CCUUCUUCCUCUGAAGGUUCCCUUCCUCUAGCGCGGUCGCUGUCUUUGAUCAUGAGUUCUCCAUAUCAGAAACUGAAGCAAUCUAUCUCCCGCGGCGUUGUGAAACAGAUCGUGCCCCGCAUCGCAGCGCAGAGCACUCAGCUCUCUCCGGACACCCCUUCUCCUGCGACCCCUACAACGCCAAUGUUGGCAUCGUUCACUACAGACUCGGACGGCUCCUCUAUCAAGACCGCGGAUGCGUCUGCGACGGGGAACGACCUGACCGUGUUAGCGUCUGUAGAGGACCUCGACCCUUCGGUGCGUCGCGCCAUGAGUGACUUAGCCGAGGUUGGACCUGACACCUGUAGACAUUCGAGCAGCUUGUUGGCCAACACAUCCGCAGCCGAGCUAGCCUCGACAGGGCUCUGGCCGAGGACCGUCCGCCGAAGCCCACCUCUGGACUCGCGCCUCCACCAUACUACAAGCCCGAUGAAGCGUCUUCUGUGCUGUCUCGCCGUGGGUCUACCGAACAGGACCGUGCCUCAGGUAAAUGCUACAAGUGCCAGGGUCUGAUAUUCGAUGGUCGUGCUCACAAGUGCGUGCCAUCGACGAUG